UUCCGAAGCCCCAGCCGCUCGCUGGUGGACGGUCCCGUGGCGUAGGACAGUGUUCCGCAACGGGAGGCUCCGGCGGGCGGUGGAGAGGCCGGGUCCGGAGGCGAGAGGCGCGCGGGGGUGGGCGCUGCAGCCGCGGGUUGUUUAUCUGGAGUACGGAGGGGAGGGGGGAGCCUGGAAACCGCCCCGUGUCCCAUUUCCUCCUCUUGUUUUCGCUCCGGAUUCUCCAUGUUGGACCCAAACUGAGGAGCCCGGAGCUGCCGUCGGGGGAUCGGGGCCGGGGGCACCCGGGGAAGCUACUGCCCCGGUCGCCCGCUCUCGGUAUAGGCUGCCUCCCUUACCAGCCCAGGGAGGAAACGAGAGCAGGGAUGUGAACAGCUGUGGGAGUCCGAGUCUCUGGAGCCGGAGCCGGAGCGGGCCCCCGCCCAGGCCCCCCAGCCCAGCCCAGCCUGCGCGCCUGCCGGUCCUCCCGCCCAGCCAGCCCGGGCCCGCGGGAUUGUUAGAUGGAACACGGCUCCAUCAUCACCCAGGCGCGGAGGGAAGACGCCCUGGUGCUCACCAAGCAAGGCCUGGUCUCCAAGUCCUCUCCUAAGAAGCCUCGUGGACGUAACAUCUUCAAGGCCCUUUUCUGCUGUUUUCGCGCCCAGCAUGUUGGCCAGUCAAGCUCCUCUACUGAGCUCUCCGCAUACAAGGAGGAAGCCAACACCAUUGCUAAGUCUGAUCUGCUCCAGUGUCUGCAGUACCAGUUUUAUCAGAUCCCAGGGACUUGCUUGCUCCCAGAGGUGACAGAAGAAGAUCAAGGAAGGAUCUGCGUGGUCAUUGACCUGGAUGAAACCCUUGUGCAUAGCUCUUUUAAGCCAAUCAACAACGCCGACUUCAUAGUGCCUGUAGAGAUCGAGGGGACCACUCACCAGGUGUAUGUGCUCAAGAGGCCUUAUGUGGAUGAGUUCCUGAGACGGAUGGGGGAACUGUUUGAAUGUGUUCUCUUCACUGCCAGCCUGGCCAAGUAUGCCGACCCUGUAACGGAUCUACUGGACAGGUGUGGGGUGUUCCGGGCCCGCCUGUUCCGUGAGUCCUGUGUGUUCCACCAGGGCUGCUAUGUCAAGGACCUCAGCCGCCUGGGAAGGGACCUGAGGAAAACCCUCAUUCUGGACAACUCGCCUGCUUCUUACAUCUUCCAUCCAGAGAAUGCAGUUCCUGUGCAGUCUUGGUUUGACGACAUGGCAGACACCGAGUUGCUGAACCUGAUCCCAAUCUUUGAGGAGCUGAGCGGAGCAGAGGAUGUCUACACCAGCCUUGGGCAGCUGCGGGCCCCUUAGCCUUCCCUGCUUCCAAGCAACGGCCAUCCCAGUAGGGGACUUUCCUACACUGUGCCUUUAUGAUCAGCCUGACAGACGGAGCGGAAGCUGGAGCAUCCCACCAAACGGGGCAGUAGAAGUGACGGGGAAGAGCUUUAGGACAGCUUAGAUGCUGAGUGGGCGGUUGUCACACCAGUGAUACCCCGAGCUGCCUGCUCCCGGAGUUGGGCUCCCGAGAUGUGAGAGAGAAAGUGUGUGUGUGUGUGUGUGUGUGUGUGUGUGUGUGUGUGUGUGUGUGUCCCCCCGUCUGUGCCCGUGUCUGUGUGGCCCUGAGCUGUGCCCCAGGACAUGAGUGUUUCAGGUUGGGGAAGAAGCUGAAAGGGCAAGACUCGCCCGAAGUUCGUCUCCUCUUCAGUCACCCUGAGAGCUGCUGAGCUCUACAGGGAUGAAGACUCUUCACGGCUCUGUUGCCAAAUCCAUGGAUGGCCUUGCCUCAGUGUUGUAAGCCUUGUGCCAAGGAGAAAGGAAGGGUCAGAGGCUGCCUUCGGCUGCCCCAGACACACUCCUUUCUGAAACCUUUCUUCAGCCAGCUGCUGCAGAUAAACGACAUGUCUGGAAGAUGAAAUCUUGUUUCCAGAACCGGUAGCCCCAGUGGCCAUCAACUCCUACAGCCCAAGGGCUGCACUUGCCUCCAGCCGAGUGCCUGGCAUGAGCGCCAGGCCUGCCUUCCUCACCACCUAGCCAUAGUCUUGAACUCAUGGCGAAGGAGGUCUUUUCCCUGCCAUGGAAGAAAGCAGAUAACUGAUUUCCAUUCUUUUGACUCUGUUUUAAAAUUCUCUUUCUAAACAUGGUGUGUUGGGCCUGUUUUGUUUCUGACAAAGCUGCAGUCCUGGGCUUAAGGUGAAUAUGGGAGGCGCUGGGGGUACAGGGAAGAGGAAAAUCCCAAAAGCCAUGAAUGUGUGUGUCCCCCUGACUUGUAUGUAGAUCAGCUGAGCUUGGGACUGUCCAUAGUCUGCUCUUCAGGGAUUCUCUGUUGGUGCUGGUGCAAGGACUUUUGUUCCAAAGUCCGGGAAGGGCGUACCCUACCUGCCCCUCCUGUUUGUUGGGCAGGGCUCUUUCCUGUUGUGUCUUCCUCCAGGGCCUGGCCUGUGCCACGCACUCUGCUUCAUUCAUCUGCAUCCUUCUUGGCUGUCGCUUUUUCUCUCCAGGGCCUCAAAGGCACUCCUGCUUUUCCUGGGCCAAGGGGGAGUGGGUAUUCGCAUCAUUACUUUGCCCACCUAACACACAUGACUCUUGCCUCUGGUAACAGGUAGGACAAGCCCUUCAUACACCUGUGCUUUGUGUGUCUCUUGCUUUCAGUUUCUUCAUAGUGAAUGCUUUAAAAACUAGUUACAAAAUGAAAGUUUGCCUAGGAUAGAAAACAAAAGGGGAAGUGCUGCUGUAAUUGGGAGCACAAGGGGCCCCCCCAAAAGGGGGCCCCACCUCAGCAUCACUGCCUUAAUCAUGGCCUCCCCGGGGCUGGGUGGGGUUCUCUCCUCUCUUCCCUCCCUCCCUCCCUCCUGCUCUCCCUGCCCGCCUCUCCUGGGACCAGAGGGAGUUCCUAUAUCCAUUUCUUUUCCCUGGAGGCAGGUGUCACAAAGCAUUUGUACAUCACUUCAGGUGUGAGGACACCUCCCACUCAGGAUUCAUCUCCAUUAUCCUUUUCAAUUUCUUCACACUAGGCCCAGCCUGAGGAACGAACUGUUUUCAAGAAAGCCAGGUUGGGGAGCAUCUGCUUGGUGUUCUGAGUGGUAGCUGGCUGACUAGCAUCUUUCUCUAGCAUUGUACCACCUCCCCACUUUGUCCAAGGUUGUAAGGCCUUGUCUGUCUCUGGUGUCACAGAAGUGGAGCAGAGUCCCAAAAGCCCACGUGACCAUUUCCCCCACCAUCGUUCCCUGGUGCCCAUGGGGUCCUGCUGCAGUUGAGGGAAUCGGGCUCUGGUGCUAGCCAGGAAUGAUGUCUCCUGAAGGAAAAAUGGGAGCUUCCCAUUCUAAGGCCCUGGCCCAGGCCUCCAUCUAAUAUUGUGGGUAAGGCCUCUCUCCCAAGGCCCAGCCUAAGGGUUGGCCCUUGGGCCAAAUCUGCCAUCUGGGCCCAGCCAAGCUUUUCUGACUAAGCAAUAGAGGCUCUAAGCUGAUCCAGUUCUUGGGACUCUCUGCCCUCAUUUGGGUCUCCAUGUUCCCCCAGGUAAAGGAAGAGCCUGUGCCAGCCCCUUUCCUAUCGGCUGCCCAAGGGCUCCAAAUGACUCAUGACCAGAGCCCAGGAUAGCUUGGUGGGGUAUCCCUGCUGCUUCUGCAUGAAGACCCUGCACUACAGGCCUAGCUCCCAGCAGAACCCUGCCCUGCCCACCUGCAGUUCCUCAACAGAAAGGCCCUUCCCACUUCCCUAGAGAAACAACUGAGGCCAAACCUAAAUGGUCCACCCAUGCAGACCAGAGCCAGCCUCAUCUGUCUGGUUUCCAGGUUCCAUGCGUUAGGGGCAGGUGAUACUUACUGCUCCUGCAAGGAACCAGGCCAGACUCAGUGUGGGAGCAGUGUAAGACCGGCAGGGAGCCACUGCACCCCAGGGUCUGUCCCAGUGCUUCCCCCCCAGCCCUUCCCAUUAGAGGCUGGUCUUUGGGAGGCAAUAGGCCACCGUGCCUGGUCAGCACCAUCUCAAGCCAUGCCAGGAAUCUGCCCACCUGCCAGGUUCAGUUCUUUAAGGUGCCUCUUCAGGGACACAGUGUGUCUCUCUGAUUAGGCUUCUCAAUCAAAAGCCUGAUGUUCGUGUCCCUCUCAUAGGGGGAGCUUUGGACACAGGACCAGUUUGGAAAGGGUCGGGUAAGAGUUUCCACUCUGCACAUUGUAGAGGGGACACUCUGUAGGCCCACAGGUCCCUUACUAUAGAGAGAUUGAGUAAAUUUGCCUUCAGUUAACCUGGGACCUUCUGUUUUGUUCCUGCCUCCCAAAGAUUUUGACCAUUUUGUAAGUGUAUAAACUCACCUCUUUUAACAGUGGCCCAGAAGCUUCUUUGUGCUGUAAAGCAUGGGAAAUCUAAAGGCAUCCAUUCCCUGGGCAAUGGAUGCUGUUCUCCGCCUCUGCCCUGCUCCUGAGGCCUCAUUCAGGAGGGCAGCCCCCUGGUGAGGCAGUUCUGCAGCCCAGUCUCAGCCAGGCCAAGUGUGAGGAAGGUAAGCCUAUCUUCCUCUUUAGGUCUUCAGUUGGUUACUUUACCACUGUUGUCCCUCAGUCACUCAGUAAAAUGGGGUUUUCGUUUGCUUUUUUUUUUUUUUUGGUUAGUCAUAAAGACUUGCAUUCAAACAGGGGAGGGAAGGCAGAGGUCUGGCUCGCUGUCCCAUUCCUUUAAUGCUGUCGGGCCUGCCCCUGGAGCAGACCCUCCUCUUGGGGCCCCAUGAGCUUCUUUGCUUGUAGUUAUCCCAAGUCUGACGUGUUCCAUGUCGUGCCACUUUCCAAGACACCAUUUGGAGGGUGAGGGAUCUGCUUCCCACUAUAACUGGGCUAUGGGGUUCUGACUACCUUGCUUACAAUUUCAUGGUUUGAUAAAUUUGUUGUAUUCAAAAACUUGAAAUGUAGGACGCCAUUAAGUGUCUGUUUAUAUUUUUGGAAUAUUUGUAUUACUUACAAUUAAUUAAUAAAAGCGGGUUUAAAAAACCCAUCCAGGAAUGGG